AUGUCAUCGUCGACUAUUUCAGCUCUUAUUUUCGCCACACGACAAGUCUCUAUUUAUUUGGGUACAGCUGUUCUUGUUGCUGGUGUGCUUGGUGGAUUAUUCAAUAUUAUUGUCUUUCUCAGUCUUCGUACCUUUCGACAGACCUCUUGUGCAUUCUAUUUGGUCAUUAUGUCUUUCGUCAAUAUUGGUUCUUUGAUGACGACUACACUUUCUCGUAUCAUGAUCAGCGGUUUUGGCAUCGACUGGACUCAAAGUUCGCUAAUUUAUUGUAAAUUCAGAUUAGCCUUUGUACAACUUUGUGCUCUAACUUCUUUAACAUGUAUGUGUUUGGCAACACUCGAUCAAUUUUUUGCAACAUGCUCAAGUCUUCGAUGGCGACAGUGGAGUAGUAGCAAGCUAACUUAUCGUUUAACUGCAAUAACAGUUCUAUUUUGGACUUUUCACGGAGUUCCAUACGUACUUUAUUACGGUCAUUUUCAAUCUCCUACAACGGGUCAAGUUAGUUGUAUCAUAACAAAUCUUAUGUUUCAGAACUAUUACACUUAUGGAUACAGCUUAACGUUGAUGUAUUUUUUGCCAACUGUUCUUACGAUCGUUUUCGCAUUAAUGGCUUAUCGUAAUGUACAAACUAUACCUUAUCGAACAGUACCACUUGUUAGACGUGAAUUAGACAAACAAUUGACAGAAAUGAUUCUUGUGCAAGUUGUGUACAACUUCAUUACUAUGACACCAUUCGCUGUCGUCACCAUUAUUGGCGCGACCACCAACGUCACCAAUAAUCCAGUCCUCCAAGCACAGAUGCAGUUUGCGAGCAUUCUUGGUUUCUUCGUUUACUAUCUUUAUUGGGCUAGUUCUUUCUACAUUUACAUUUGUGUAUCCGAAAGAUUUCGUCAACAAUUCAUAUAUGUCAUCUUCGAUGUUCACAUGAAAAGAUUGCAAAAAGUAAAAAUUCCAGCUAUCAAUCGAAUUCUACCUCAAGUCUAA